AUGCGACUCAGACCAAAGUGGCUGCAAGCCUUGUGUGGUAAGAGCAAAAUCAACCUCGAUAUCAAGGGCUCGGCCUUCAUCGUGCUAAUCCGCCCAAAGCAGUCGGGCAACGAGUGCUAUGUUGAGGAUCCCGAUACAGGAAGAACAGUACCCCGGGCAUAUAUCCAGCGACUGGAGGAUCAUGCUCACAACCUUCGUCAAGCUAUGAAGAACCUGUCGAGUGAUCCCCAAGCUGAAGGUGCUUCACCGAAAUUGAAACCCUCGCGACAAAAGAAACAAAGAAUCCAAGCCUCAAGCAGACGCUAUCUCGGUCCCUCCUCUGGAAUCGCGUUCAUUGAAUAUGCCAUUACGUUCGCCAAAACGCGCAAUAUUCUUGACGGCUCGCAAGAUCUCGCCUCACAACGUAACACUCAAGCAAACACGGAUGCGAAACGUCUGAUAGCUGUUCUGUCUCCAGCGCCCACCCACGCAAAUUUAGAUCGCGAGACAGUAUCAAGACUGUUCGACUACUUUUCUGUUACACAAUGGUUUUACAGAAUCCUGACGCGGGACCAGUUUGACGUCCAUCUCUCCCGGUUUUUCUCGGACGCACCAAACGACUAUCCCGAAUCUGGUAUCGUCGUUCAUAUGAUCACGGCCAUCUCUUCGUUCUAUCUGGGUUCCAUGGAAGGAAAUGCCAUGGCAUCAAAUUUAGCGGAGAUGCAGUAUGAACGAGCAUUACAUUUACUUCCUAACAUUCUGCCAUACAGGACAAUUGAGACACUGCAGAUCAUCUUACUUGUCCUCCUCUAUUCGUUGGUGAAUCCUCAGAAAUCUGUCACUUGGCAUCUGCUUGGUUCCGCCCUACGCCUUGCCACUUUCCUCCGUCUUCAUGAAGACAACGUCACGGCACCAUCGACCUACAGUGCUAAAGAGAUCAAUGCUCGACGAGACCUGUUCUGGUCUCUGUACAGUAUCGAUCGUGCUGUUGGAAAUACGUUAGGCCGUCCAACGGCGCUGCAGGAUAGAGAUAUCGAGACAUCAUUUCCCGACAUCAAUCCGGUUGAUCCACAUGACUCUUCUUCGACACAUGAUGCUGCGGCUGUCAACCAUUGCUUUCUCCUUCGAAGACUACAAAGUGAGGUCGCUGAUAUACUUUACCAGAAAGUAAGACCCUCACCAGCUGAAUGGCACAAAGACAUCCAAAGGCGGCUAGAUGAGUGGUUGGUCCAGGCACCCUUGGCGCAAGCCUCGCCUCAAAUGCAGGAAUGGAUCAAUCAUGCGUAUCAUAACUUGACUAUGUUCAUUUACCGGCCAUCAUUGACCAGUCCAAGUCCUUAUGAAGGAACUUACGAGCGAUCCUUCACGUCGGCCUCGAAUGUGCUGAAGCUGUACGCUAAAAUGCAUUCACGCAACGCUAUUGAUUGCACAUGGAUGGCAUUCCACUGGCUAUUCCUCGCUGCGGUUACGCAUCUCUUCUGCAUAUGGACCAGUCCCGAGAUUCGGGCCGUGGCUGACUGGAAAGAAAUCAAUGAGGAUUUGCAGCGGACGCGCAUGGUUCUGUCAGCAAUGGCGGAACACUGGCGGUAUGGGAAAAGAAUCCUUGACAUAUAUUGUCAAUUAUGCGGCGGAACCAUUCGCCAUUUUGUCCAACUGAUACCGGUCAACGGAGAAGACUAUGACCAACGACUUACUCGCGGAGUAAGCUGGCCCAAUGGCUCUGCGGAAGAUCCUGCAGUCGAUACAAGCCCACCGCCCAUAGCUGCCUCUUUCGACCAUGUCAGCGCCUUCCACUUUGAAGAUACGCUCAUGGACGACGAUCCGGAGCAUUGGCUCGAACAACCUUUGGGGGGGAAUGGCGCAGAAAACCCUGGUGCCAUGCUUUACUCGAGCUUCGAUGCGAUGGGUAAUGAGCUAGACCCAUGGUUCUACCGAAUGUGA